AUGUCUGACUUCAAGAAGGAAAACGUCGAGGAACAAGAACAACCUCAAAUCAUCAAGAUUAGAAUUACUCUAACCUCCACCAAGGUUAAGCAAUUGGAAAAUGUUUCUUCUAACAUCAUCAGAAACGCUGAACAACACAAGUUGAUCAAGAAGGGUCCAGUUAGACUACCAACCAAGGUCCUAAAGAUCUCCACCAGAAAGACUCCAAAUGGUGAAGGUUCCAAGACCUGGGAAACCUACGAAAUGAGAAUCCACAAGAGAUACAUCGACUUGGAAGCUCCAGUUCACAUUGUUAAGAGAAUCACCCAAAUCACCAUUGAACCUGGUGUGGAUGUCGAAGUCGUCGUUGCCUCCAACUAA